CCGAUCCGGAGCCGAUCCCCGCCCGCCCCAGCCCCGGAGGGAUUCCGAGUUCCCUUCCCACGACUCCACACUUCCCUCUGUGACGAAGUUUUCUCCCGGUGCCUUCUGGAGGGCUUGUCGUCCGGAGCCUUCUGACCGACUUGCUCGGGUUUGUUGUGGGAGAUAACUUGUUUCGCUCCAACCCGCAUCCCCUUUCCUUGACCUCCUCCAAUCGGAUGUUCUAGAUGACUGAAUGGAGUUUUGAGUUGGACUUUUGUGUCCCUGCUGGAAUUGGGCCUGAUCCCAGAGCACUGGGGGUGGGGUGGAGGUGUUACUGUAAAAUGCAAGUUGGAUAAAAAGAAGACCUCGCCAAGGGCCCCAAUGAGUGGCACACAGUCUACUAUCACCGACAGGUUUCCCCUCAAAAAACCUAUAAGGCAUGGAAGUAUUUUGAACCGAGAGUCACCAACAGAUAAGAAGCAGAAAGUAGAACGCAGUUCAUCACAUGAUUUUGAUCCCACAGAUAGCUCCUCCAAGAAGACAAAGUCUAGUUCAGAGGAGAGUAGAUCCGAGAUCUAUGGUCUUGUUCAGCGCUGUGUGAUCAUCCAGAAAGAUGACAAUGGAUUUGGGCUGACAGUCAGUGGAGACAAUCCCGUCUUCGUACAGUCUGUCAAAGAAGAUGGAGCAGCCAUGCGGGCUGGUGUACAGACAGGUGAUCGAAUCAUCAAGGUGAACGGAACUCUGGUGACUCAUUCGAACCAUUUGGAGGUGGUGAAGCUAAUCAAAUCUGGUUCCUAUGUAGCUCUCACUGUUCAGGGACGCCCACCUGGGUCGCCCCAGAUUCCACUUGCUGAUUCUGAAGUAGAGCCAUCAGUCAUUGGACAUAUGUCUCCCAUCAUGACCUCCCCUCAUUCACCUGGAGCAUCUGGGAAUAUGGAGAGAAUAACUAGUCCUGUGCUCGUUGGGGAGGAAAACAACGUGGUCCAUAACCAGAAAGUGGAAAUUUUGAGAAAAAUGUUACAGAAAGAACAGGAGCGGCUACAGUUAUUGCAGGAAGAUUACAACCGAACACCUGCUCAAAGAUUGCUAAAAGACAUCCAAGAGGCCAAGAAACACAUUCCUCAGCUUCAAGAGCAGUUAUCCAAAGCCACAGGCUCUGCUCAGGAUGGAGCUGUAAUUACACCCUCCAGGCCUUUAGGUGACACUCUACCAGUCAGUGAGGCAGAAACAGAUCCUGGAGAUGGACUGGGCAGGACUGACUGGAGCAGUGGAGAUGCUUCUCGGCCAAGUAGUGACAAUGCAGAUAGUCCUAAGAGUAGCCUGAAAGAGAGGAUUUAUCCAGAGGAAUCCCCUGAGAAAAGUGAAGCAAUCCAGGACACUGACACACAAUCACUAGUUAGCAGUCCCUGUACCCGUGUAGCACCUCAUAUUAUUGGAGCAGAGGAUGAUGAUUUUGGAAGUGAACAUGAGCAGAUCAAUGGACAGUGCAGCUGCUUCCAGAGCAUUGAAUUGCUAAAAUCUCGCCCUGCUCACUUGGCUGUUUUCUUACACCAUGUAGUUUCACAAUUUGACCCUGCAACAUUGCUCUGCUAUCUCUAUUCAGACCUGUAUAAACAAACCAAUUCCAAGGAAACUCGUCGCAUCUUCCUUGAGUUUCAUCAGUUCUUCCUAGAUCGAUCUGCACACCUGAAAGUUUCUGUUCCUGAUGAAAUAUCUGUAGAUCUAGAAAAAAGAAGACCCGAGCUUAUUCCUGAGGAUUUGCAUCGUCACUAUAUCCAAACUAUGCAAGAAAGAAUCCAUCCAGAAGUUCAAAGGCACUUGGAAGAUUUUCGGCAGAAACGUAGCAUGGGGCUGACCUUAGCUGAAAGUGAGCUGACUAAACUUGAUGCUGAGCGAGACAAGGAUCGCGUGACUCUGGAGAAGGAGCGGGCAUGUGCCGAGCAGAUAGUUGCCAAAAUUGAAGAAGUGCUGAUGACUUCUCAGGCUGUAGAAGAAGAAAAGAGUUCUACGAUGCAAUAUGUCAUUCUUAUGUAUAUGAAGCAUUUGGGAGUGAAAGUGAAGGAACCUCGAAACUUGGAGCACAAGCGGGGCCGGAUCGGAUUCCUUCCAAAAAUCAAGCAAAGUAUGAAGAAAGAUAGAGAAGGCGAAGAGAAAGGCAAGCGAAGAGGAUUUCCCAGCAUCCUGGGACCCCCAAGAAGACCGAGCCGCCAUGACAACAGUGCAAUUGGCAGGGCCAUGGAACUACAGAAGCCACGCCAUCCAAAGCACUUGUCCACACCUUCAUCUGUGAGUCCUGAGCCUCAGGACUCUGCAAAGUUGCGCCAGAGUGGGUUAGCAAAUGAAGGAGUAGAUGCUGGAUACCUGCCUGCCAGUACCCUGUCCUCUGUGGCCUCAGGGGCUGCUCUCUCCCAGGAAGGAGGGAAAGAGAAUGACACCGGAUCAAAACAAGUAGGAGAAACACCAGCAUCUGGAGACUGCUUGGAUUGCACACCUCGUGUCCCCACUGCCAUUUUCGAUUUCCCUCCUCCUCCAUUAGACCAAGUGCAGGAGGAGGAAUGCGAAGUAGAGAGGGUGACAGAACAUGGAACACCAAAACCCUUUCGAAAGUUUGACAGCUUAGCCUUUGGAGAAAGUCAAAGUGAAGAUGAGCAAUUUGAAAAUGACCUAGAGACAGAUCCACCCAACUGGCAGCAGCUGGUUAGUAGAGAAGUACUACUGGGACUGAAGCCUUCUGAGAUCAAAAGACAGGAAGUGAUUAAUGAAUUAUUCUACACCGAAAGAGCUCAUGUCCGAACACUGAAGGUUCUUGAUCAAGUGUUCUAUCAACGAGUGUCCAGAGAAGGGAUUCUGUCACCAUCAGAAUUACGGAAGAUUUUCUCAAACUUGGAAGAUAUUCUUCAACUUCAUGUUGGGUUGAAUGAGCAAAUGAAGGCUGUUCGCAAAAGGAAUGAGACCUCUGUUAUUGAUCAUAUUGGAGAAGAUUUGCUCAUCUGGUUCAGUGGGCCAGGAGAGGAGAAGUUAAAACAUGCUGCUGCUACAUUUUGCAGUAACCAACCUUUUGCCUUGGAAAUGAUCAAGUCUCGUCAGAAAAAGGACUCUCGAUUCCAGACUUUUGUGCAGGAUGCUGAGAGUAAUCCUCUGUGUCGUCGUCUUCAGCUGAAGGAUAUCAUCCCCACUCAAAUGCAGAGACUCACUAAGUACCCACUUCUUUUGGAUAAUAUUGCCAAGUACACAGAAUGGCCACCGGAAAGGGAGAAGGUGAAGAAAGCUGCAGAUCACUGUCGUCAGAUCUUAAAUUAUGUAAAUCAGGCUGUCAAAGAGGCAGAAAACAAGCAGCGCUUAGAAGAUUAUCAGCGCCGCCUUGAUACCUCCAAUCUCAAGUUAUCCGAGUACCCAAAUGUUGAAGAGCUCAGGAAUUUGGAUUUAACAAAAAGGAAGAUGAUUCAUGAAGGGCCAUUGGUUUGGAAGGUGAAUAGAGAUAAAACUAUUGAUUUGUACACUUUGCUGCUGGAAGAUAUUCUUGUACUGUUACAAAAGCAGGAUGAUAGACUUGUGUUAAGAUGUCAUAGCAAGAUUCUGGCAUCUACAGCAGAUAGCAAACAUACGUUCAGUCCUGUCAUUAAGUUGAGUACAGUGCUGGUUCGACAAGUGGCAACAGAUAACAAAGCUUUAUUUGUCAUCUCCAUGUCAGAUAAUGGAGCUCAAAUUUAUGAACUAGUGGCCCAGACAGUUUCUGAAAAGACUCUCUGGCAAGAGCUCAUUUGCCGAAUGGCUGCCUCAGUGAAAGAGCAGUCCGCCAAGCCAAUUCCCCUGCCGCAGUCACCAUGCGAAGGAGACAAUGAUGAAGAGGAAGCGCCCAAAUUAAAAACAGAGCAUCAUGGCAUUUCAGUUACUGGCUUGCAGAGUCCAGACAGAGAUCUGGGGUUAGAAUCUCCAUUGAUUUCAUCAAAAUCUCAGUCUUCUUCAUUGAGUACCACUGGGAAAUCAGAGGCAGACCAUCUCUUCAUGACUGCAACACAGUUUGCAAAGGAGCAGCAUGCGAAUGAGACACUCAAAGAAGGCGGAAAAAAUUAUCCAGACACAAUACCAGAUCCAUUCUUGCCUGUCUCAGAGGAGCGGUGGGCAUUGGAUGCACUGAGGAAUUUGGGUUUGUUGAAGCAGUUGCUGGUACAACAGCUAGGUUUGACUGAGAAGAGCUCUCGGGAAGACUGGCAGUCCUUCCCAAGAUACAGGACUGCCUCUGAAGAGGUUCAGACAGACAGUGGCAUCCAGAACUCUGAAAACAUUAAAGCCUAUCAUGCUGGUGAAGGACAGAUGCCCUUUAAAACUGGCACUGGUGACAGUGUGAAUUGUUACAGUCCACGGACUUCAACUGAAUCUUGUGCUGAGCAAGAUUCAGUAGUACUGGCAUCCCAAGAGAGCCCCGCAAAUAACAUGUUUGAAAUGGACCACAUGAUUCUGACCCCAGAGCUGCCUGGCACAGAGCAAGAAGGGGGUCUGGAUGAGAGUGGAGAGCACUUUUUCGAUGCCCGUGAAGCACAUAGUGAUGAUAAUCCAUCAGAAGGCGAUGGGGCAGUUAAAAAGGAAGAGAAGGAUGUUCAUUUACACAUCUCAGGAAACUGUUUGAUUCUUGAUGGCUAUGACACCGUGCAGGAGAGCUCCACAGAUGAGGAGGUUGCGUCCUCGUUCACCCUGCAGCCUGUCACAGGCAUCCACCCUGUGGAUUCCUCCCACCAGCAGCAACCUUCUCCCCACAGUGCUCCUUCUGAUGGGGCAUUUUCACCAUUCACCUCAGAAUUCCUGGUCCAGCGACGCUGGGGAGCUAUGGAAGAUGCCUGUUUUGAGAUCCAGAGUCCCUCCCCCUGUACAGAUUCACAAAGCCAGAUCAUGGAGUACAUUCAUAAGAUAGAGGCUGACCUUGAACACUUAAAGAAGGUGGAGGAAAGUUACACCCUUCUUUGUCAAAGGCUGGCUGGCUCAGCCCUCCCUGACAAGCUCUCAGAUAAAAGUUAGAGCCCAGUGUCCUGGAGGUGACUGCAGGUGGUUGGAUUUUGCGCAUCGGCCCUGUAUCAGCUCCAACCUGGCUCCAGUGUGGAUGCAGAGAAGAGUGUGACAGAGGAUCUGCCUGGAACCGCCUGGGCUCAGCCAUGCCCAUGGUGCCCUGAAUGGGACUAAGUUCUUCACAGUCUGGCAGCUGCACGAGUCUGUCAGUGAGGGAACAUCUGUUCUCUCACUUUCCUCUCCUCACUGGCGGAAUUGCAUUUUGAUUCAGAACAAAAACCAAAUGUAUAGAGCUUUGGGUGUAGGAUAUGAAAUUGUACUUAUGCAUAAGAAAGAGAAAAUCAGAUGUAUUUAUUUGACUUCAUUCCUUAUUUGAAAGCACAUUUUAAUUUUACUUUGCCUUGUAUUAUUUUAAUUGAGUAGUGAGAAUUUUAGCCCUUUAUAUUUAGUACACCCAAGGUUCAAAUGCUCCUGAAGCCAAGGUCAGGUAGGGGAUGAGACGCUUGGUCGAGAGGUGGUGCAGGGGAGGACAGAAGGAAGGAGCACUGGCCUGUAUUCAACUGUACACCUUGCCCUUCUGCCCAGUGAGCUGCCGUUCUGAGGGCCACCUCAGACGUGGGCUGUGCCCUGUGGCCCUGCACGCAGAAGGCACGAGCCUGCUGCCUGGGUCGCCAGAGGCCAGGUGGGCUCCACCCUGAGGCAAGUACCUAGUCUCUGUAGCUAGGUUCCAUCCCAAUUAACAGGUAUCCUCAACUUGCUAAAUGGUAGGCACUUGAAAAAUGGGUGUAUUUUCUUCUAUUGUUGUCUUUUCUGUUGAUGGUUGGGAUUUGGGAGAGAGGAAAGCAAAUUUUUAUUUUCUUGACUUAUAAAUUUGUUAUUCUUGGUAUUGUUUCAUUUGUAUAAUUAUUCAUUAGACUGGCACUUAUAAAAAAAUCAUCCCUGCAAGUUAGGCAGGAAGUAAGAACAAACAUGGAAAUGCUUCAGUGGUGGGGGUUGCUAAGGAGGGUUGGUUAAGAGUCUGUCUAAACUGAAUCACUACUGAGUGGAACCAUGGCUGUCAUGAGCCACGGGUACUGCUGAUUAUAAGGCCAGUAAAAUAUUAGUACCUGGAGGUUUGACUCUAAUAUUUUGCACUGACGGUGCCAAAGGGCUCUUUGAGUCACAAGGAGAGUGAAGGGUGGGUGGAAGGUAUAGUAGAGGAGAGCUGCUCACAUUGCCCAGAGCACUUUCUCUGACCUUGCUGCCACAGCCCUGUCCGCACCAUGCCGGGACUGGCCUUAGCCAUGGAGACCAGGUGUGCUGUCCGGCCACCGAGGUGCGCUGGCUCUGCGCAAGGGUACAUAGCAGUGUCCACAGCACCUGCAGAGGGUAAACAAGCCAGUUGUGACCUGAGAACUCCUUCAAUUCUAUUGGGUUUUGGUGGCUUCUUUGUAUAUGAAAUAAAUACAUUUUUGAAGUAUUUUGUCAACUGAAAAAUAGCAUUUGUCAAAUCUGUAAAUUCUGUUAAUAGACAAGGAGUUCACCCAUUUCUUUCAGUUAGUGCCCUCUGAACUCUGGGGCAAUCAGGAUGCACUUGUAUCUUCCCCUGCAGUGCCCUCUUAAACACAUACACAAAGAAAGCUUUUCCUCCCUUUGGUGGAGAUUCCCUGCUGCUUUUAUACACACCACUACAACUUAAUAAGCUCAUCUGCUUGGGUCCAGAUUCCCAUUUUUGCCCUUUCAAAACUCAUCUAUGUUCUUAUAUAGAUGAACUUGGAUUAUUGUACCUCAUCAAUAAAUUGAAAUUAUAUUUUGAGUCAUUGACCAAGUAUAAUUUAACUCAGAAUGGGAUCUAAAUUUUUAGAAGCUGAAACUAAUAUGUAAGUUAAGCUUGGAAUUUGGAGCUUUGCAUGUAUGUUAGGAGAAGCAAGUAGAAACCAAAUGGUUACAUUGUGUUGCUGGAAAUAAGCAGUCACUCCCAAUUAAAGUGAAAGGGCUAUCCCGGUAGCCACUUGACACUAUGUCAUUGGAGGAAUUCAUCAGGAGAAAGAUAAACAUACUAGAACCUUCCUCCUAGCUCCAAGCACUAGAGGUCAUCCCAUAAUUUUCUAGCACUCUAGAAGUUUGCAUGUCAGCAAAGUUUUGUUUUCUUCUCUGGCUCAUCAGUGUUUUGCUUAGUGAUUGUUUACUUUCCUUUCUCUGCAGCUUAGCCUCUCUUUGGAACUAUAGCAGAGCUAACUGGGAAAUACUUUGCCCGUAGCUCUGGUACUUCUAAGUAGAUUCAUAUCUAUGUGUCUGAUGAAGCCUCAAGAUAAAAUUAACUCUGGGAAAAAAAAAAAAUCUUAACUUUUUGAGCAUUCUUUUUGUUUCAUCAGCCUUAUUGCCUGUCUUUGCCCUCCCAUCCUAGUCUCCUGUGCUCAUUGUGGCCAUUAUAAUCACAUCUGUUUGACUUCUAUGUUACACCUUCCUUUCAGGUGAUGAAAUCAGGUGCUCUUCUUGUUUUGCAAUGAGACUGGUCAUCGUCAUAAAGUUGGGUGGCUAGAAGUUGCAGUCUGCUUCUGUACCAAGGAGCAUAGGGCCGUGAGGGGGCCUAAUCACCUAUGUAGAUGUGUGAGCUACAGGCGUGAAUGAUGACACUGCCUUCUUCUGUGGCUUAGUGGCUCUUGCUGUUAAGUGCAAAUUGCAAUAGCAAUGUUUCCUUUUGAGAGAAAUGAUGUCAGGCAAAUCUGUAAACCUUCAAAGUGCUAUGAUAUGAAUUCAUAAUUAUCACCCAUAUUUUGGUUAUGAUCAUCAUGCCAUAUAUUUUGUCUACUUUACAAUCAGCUAUUUUGGAGUAUAUUUUAUGGGAGGCAUAUUUCAUGAGGCUUUUGGUUUUAUUUUCCCCAAAACAACUUCUAAAUAACUGCUCCAACACAUGAAUUCCCUUUAAAAAUCAUUUUGUUUCUUUGUCUUUCAGAGAGGGGAGAGGAUGAGCUACUAUCAUAGUAAAGGAGAGAAAUCCAUUUUGCCCAACUUUUAGAAGCGAAAGAAAUAAUUGUGCUUCCUGUGAGUUAUCUUACUCACAUCUAUCUUUUUUCUCCUUGACAGUGAGUGGUGAAUAUGCCUGGUGCCUGUCCCCGAACCCCUGCCCCAGUAGCUCAGCUCUCCGCAAUGGUGUGGCGCCCGGGGCUUUCCUCAGUAUUUCCUUCCUUGAGAACUGUGUGCAUAGGACUUUAAAAUACAAAAAUAGCAAGGAUAUACAGAAGUUUCUGUGGGCUAGUCCCUUCCCCCCAGUAGUACAAUUUCUGUUCAGUACAUCGUAUUUUCCCCCUGACACUCCCACCUUUGUUCAGAGUGAUCUGCAAAAUCAUUCUUCACAGAGUUGUUCUCGUCUGGUUCCUUUGCCUUCCCCACUGGUACUGAGGGUGUUGAUACUACAUUGUCACAGGGGUGGGGGAGUACCUCCUAGAUAAAAGCCCCCACUGCCAUUUCCAGGUGCCAACCGCUAAGCAGACAUACUACAAAAACGGUAACUGUAAUGUGCACACUGUUUGGUUAUUUUUAAUAAGCCUCUUCCUACUAGAAUGUUUUAUUUUCCUUCUUCACCAUACAAUCACGUACUCUUUAACAGAAAUUGCUUUUUAAAAAAAUCUGGAACUAUCUUUAAAGAACCUUAUUAAUAAUCAUGUAUUUUUACUGAUCACAUUUUGAAAUGCCUAAAAGACUUUAUUGUUCUAAUUAUCCAGAUGUACCUUUGUAAAAUAGCUCUUUUAUGAAUUAGCUGAUAAGGCUGUAUGUUUCUGGAACAAAAUAUUGGUCAUCUAAAAACUUUCUGUUUUCUGGGGUCUGGGAAAAUAGAAAUUUAAGAGUUCAAAUAUUAAAUAAGCUUAAACAACAAA